CGGGCAGGUAGGUACUUAAGGCCCCGUUAAUCUUAUGACCAUGCCAUUCGCUCUCUCCUGGCGCCUCCCAUGAUGGCCACCGCUGUUCUCAACAUCAAAGCCCACGACCACCCCAUCGAGUCGGUGACUCUAUUCAAGUCUACAGGACAACCUACCUCCCUCAAUACCGCUUCUCAGAAAGCCGAAGUCACCCGCACAUUCGCAGUAGACAUUCAGGCCGGCCAGACCGAGAUUGUUAUAACUGGAUUGUCAGGUCACAUCGAUACCCGCUCAGUUCGGGUGUCCGGUCUGGGCGAGGAUGCCAGUUUAUUUGAUGUUGUCUGUACUGUAUCGAAAGACAGCAAACCUGAUGAGUCUGACGGACCUGAGCGAGUCCGGGUCUUGAAGGCCCAGAAGUCCAUCCUUGAAGGAGAAAAGAGCGUCAGGGAACGUGAAGCAGAGCUACUGAUGAACUAUGGAAAGACGCUACAGGGGGAUCACAUAACUCCCGCCCAGAUGACAGCUUUCCUCGACAACUUCGUCGAGCGGGGACGUAAGAAUUUAGAGGCCACGGUGGUGCUGGAGCAGCGCAUCAUUGACAUGGGCCGUGAGAUCGAGGAAGAGACCAAGAAGGCCCCUUCGAGAGUGGGGACCGCGAACGGCCAAGUGACCGUUGUGCUUUCUUCUGAGGCAGGUGGCCACAUCGAGCUAACGUUGACAUACGUUGUCAGUCAUGCGACUUGGGAGCCCACGUAUGAUUUGUUGGCCUCGACGGUCAACGGAGCUCCUGCCUCAACCGUCGGUCUCCAUUACAGAGCGCGAAUCUGGCAAAGUACGGGCGAGGAUUGGAGAAAUACCCAGCUCAUCCUGAGCACAGCGACCUCCGAUUCCGUGUCUCAGGGUGUACCCAACCUUGCUGCACUACACGUCAAGGCUGUUCUAUUCCAAGGCAACGAUCUAUUCGGACGUCAAGCUGCCAAUGUACCCUCGUUAUUCGGAGGAAAUGCUGGCCCUGGCCCGCAGCAGACGACAGGCACAAGCGCCUUUGGACAAUCUGCUCCCGCUUUGAUUCAGUCAGCCUUUGGCUUCGCGCAGCCACAACAAGGUCUGUUUGGCACAACCCGAAGUAUCCAGACCGCACCUGAACCAGACAAGGACGACGCGUCGGAGCCAGAGUUGAUUAACGUACCGGAACCUGGCCGGAUCUCGGAGCCGACGACGACCGUUAGCGUGAGCCCGUUUUCGAUGUCAUAUAAAGUGGAUCGCAAUGCCACUGUGCCCAGCGAUGGUAAAGCGCACCAGGUGCUGAUAGCUUCUUCGUCCUUUGAAGCGCAUGUCACGCGCAUCGCUGUUCCGCGCAAGAAGCCCGUAGCAUAUUUGAAGUGCCGCGUCAAGAACACGAGCGAUUAUCGUCUUCUCCCAGGACCUGUCAGAGUCUUCCUGGACGACGCGUAUAUUGCCACGGCAUCCAUAGGGGAUGUCAAUCCGUCCGAGAGCUUUGACUGCAUAUUGGGCGUCGAUACCUCCAUUCACCUGUCUUACAAGCGCAGUUCUUCUACAGCCAAUGAGGCUCGAAAUGCUUACAGCGAGCAAUUCAAGAUAACAACCUACACUGUGGAGACUUUCAUUAGAAACAAGCACAGCUUCGCGGUCCCAGAGCUUAUCGUGCGGGACGCUGUACCUCACACUCGAUCGGGCAUGGGCGAGAAAAUCAGGAUCCUACUGAAGGAGCCUGCCGCCCUGGCUGAGGCCAAGCCCGGCGUGUUUACCAAAUUGGACGACAAGGGAUCACAAAUCCGUUGGGUGACGAAGCAAGGCCAGGAAGAAACGGAAGGUACUUAUGAGUGGACAUGCAAGCUCCAGGCGAAUGGCGAGAUCAAAAUGGUCACGAAGUAUGAGGUUAAGGCUCCAGUGGACUUCGUGCUGAACGAGAGGGUCCUCUGAUUGUUGUACGUGAGGGGAAUAUCACGGAACUGUUUUAUCGUGUAUAAAUACCUCUCUGCUAUGAAAUCUAUCAGAUGUUUGUUUCCGCC